AUGACAGGGAACCUGUCGUUGUUACGGAACAUUGAGAAUAUCAUUCCAUACUUUGUGGGGUUCGCGGAUGGUGGAAAGACUCACUCGCUUAGCAAAGGCUCCUUAACGAUAUCAUCUAAGCUCACGUUACAUAAUGUCUUAUAUGUCAAAGAUCUUAACUGCACUUUGAUUUUGGUCUCCAAAUUGCUGAAACAAACCGGUGGCGUAGCUAUGUUCACUGAUACUCUUUGUGUUUUACAGGACCGUUUCACGAGGACUUUGAUUGGAGUCGGUGAGGAACGUGAUGGGGUCUACUAUUUUAAGGAUGUUAUGGCAGCUAGGAUACAUCGAGCAGACGCAGUAAUGAACUCUACUUUGUGGCACCAGAGGCUAGGACAUCCUUCGUUUUCAGUGCUUUCUUCUUUACCAUUGUUUUCUGGUUCUUCUAGACCUGCUUGUUCUGGUCCGUGUGACGUUUGUUUUAGGGCUAAGCAGACUAGGGAAGUGUUUCCAGACGGGAUUGUUCAUCAAACGUCAUAUGUAGCUACUCCGCAGCAGAAUGGUCGUGUCGAGAGGAAGCAUAGACACAUUCUUAAUGUGGCGCGAGCGCUCUUGUUUCAGAGUAACUUGCCAAUUAAAUUUGAUCAGUUAAGAGUUUUUGGUUGUGAGUGCUACACACCUCGGACCACACGCGACAAAGAUAAGUUUGGCCAGAGAAGUCGUCGGUGUAUGUUCUUAGGAAACUGUUUUUCCUUUUACUCUAGUGAGCUUCCUUCUCUCUCUCAGUCGUCACGUGUGACCGAUAUUGAUGAUGACUGGUUCGUUGCUCCCACGAAUGUUGUAAGGGGGAGCGUUGUUCCGCUUAUGCCUGAAAGGGGGAGCUCUGCUGCAGCUGGAACAGAACAUCCACAAGAACCUGUUUCAGUACAAACAACAGAAUCAGAACAUCCACAAGAACAUGGUUCUGUAAUUGCAGUUGAUUCCUCCCUUAAUAAUGUUACUACACAGAACGAAACAAAGGUUAUUCCCAUCGUUUAUGCGCCUGCUCUUGGACGAGAUCCCCAUCACGCUCCUCCCGACUCAUCGUCUCAGUCCUCCUCAGUCCAAGCUAUUACGGCGGGAGAUGAGCCCAAAAGUUUCAAAAAUGCUGUUCAGAUCAAAGUUUGGAAUGAUGCAAUGGGUUCAGUAGUUGAUGCCUUGGAGUUCAAGAAAACGUGGGAUAUAGUUGAUUUACCUCCCAGAAAGGAGGCGCUUGGCUACUUGUGGGUGUUCAAAACCAAGUACAACUCUGACGGAACGAUAGAGCGGUAUAAGGCUUGA